UAGAGAAUACAAAGAGGACAGAGAGCUAAUGGAGAACAGAGAAAUUCAAUAUAUCUCAACCAGCACCAUCCAUCCAGCAAAUGAAUGCGGUAAUGACAGAAAUCAAAGGAUAGAGUUAACAGUAUGGGAUCUCAUGUUACUCCCACAUCAAUACAUGCAAAGAGGUCUCGUCUACUGCUACCCCAAAGAACAAGAAAGGGAUCAAGAAACAAAAUGCAUGGCCAUGAUCAUCAGUCAUCUGAAGACGUCUCUCUCAAGAACCUUGGACCAUUUCUUCCCUUUUGCAGGUCGUCUCACUACCACAAAGCAUAGUGAUGAAAUGAACAAUGACGAUAGUACCACUUUCACCUCUGUCUACAUCGACUGCAAUUCUUCUGGUGUAGAGUUUGUUCAUGCUGUUGCAAAUGUAGCAGUAUCUGACAUCAUCAUGCCUAACUACAUUCCUCACAUUGUUCGUUCUUUCUUCACUCUUAAAGGAGUAAUGAAUUAUGAGGGUCAGUCUAGGCCAUUGCUCUCUGUACAAGUUACAGAAUUGAUCGAUGGUAUCUUCAUUGGGUGUAGCAUAAACCAUAGUGUCUGUGAUGGCUCAUCGUUUUGGCAUUUCUUCAACUCAUGGUCUGAAAUCUCUAGAGGCGGUGCCUCGUCAGAAAAUUAUAUCUCAUGUCCUCCGGUUCUCAAACGUUGGUUUCUAAAGAGCACAGAUUAUCCAAUUCGUCUUCCUUUCUCCAUUGACGACAAACAUUUUGCAGAAAAAUAUAGAUACACUGCUCCACCUUCAUUUGAAGUGAGAAUCUUUCACUUCACACCAGAAUAUAUUGCGAAACUAAAGGAAAAAGCCAAUUCAAUAUCAGAUGAGGAGAGUCAUACUGAUAAAAUUGUCUUAUCCUCCUUUCAAGCUUUGCUAGCUCACGUCUGGAUUGCUGUAACCCGAGCUAGACGUUUAGAUCCAGAAGAGAUGACUAGUUAUCAACUAGUAAUAGGUAACAGGGCAAGGUUAAAUCCACCUUUGCCUAACAACUACUUCGGAAACUCUUUUCUAGUUGGAGAAGCGACUACUAAGGUGGGUGACUUGCUCGAAAGGGGAAUCCGCUGGGGUGCUUUGUUAUUGAAGAAAGUGGUUAUGUCAUAUGACGAUGCAAAAAUUCGAAGUUACUGUGAUGCAUGGAUGGAUAAACCUGAAUUGUUGGCUCUUAACGAUAAGGUAUCAGCAAACACUUUGAUGACAGGAGGGUCACCAAGGUUCAACAUGUAUGGUAAUAAUUUUGGUUGGGGAGACCCAGUUGUAGUUCGAGGUGGGAUUUCUAACAAACGUCCAGGAGAGAUCACAGCAAUUCCUGGAUCCGUUCAAGGCAGUGUAGACCUUGAAGUUUACCAUUCUCUUAAAACUUUGAAGGCUAUGGGAGAUGAUGUGGAGUUCAUAGAUGUACAGAAAAGCUCAAGGUAAAGAAGUUGCCAAGUUUGGAUGACAGUGAAUGUUGUAGUUUAUGGCUCAGUAGGUAUGUGAGUCGGUGGGUGAUGUCAAAUAGUUCCAAAAUCUGAGCACACUUUCUUUGUUUUUUCGAUGUUGCCACAUCCAACCACCGUGUGAAAUGGCGUAGUUCCAAAAUUUGAACAGACUUUCUUGUAUUCUAU